AACCUCCGUGACCGACAUUCUACUCUGACAAAGUACACCAGUCAGUUGUCUACUCGACUGUCCCUCGAGCAGACCCAUCGUCAUGAGGUCAGUCUGCGAAUGACAGAGUCUGCCCGUGUGUUGGCCGACUUUCUUGCUUCUCCCAGUAGCGGUGACCCCCUGGCCAUGGCUACAGCUGCCACGGUAUCUCAGGGCGCAACAGACAGGGGCCCGACGGACAUACGGCGGGAUUCUGGAGCUGCAAUGCGGCAUCGUCGUCAUGUGGCCGCUUUGGUCGAUGCACUUAUAAAGGGCUUGCGGCUAGAAACGAAGGAUGCCUCUUUGAGGGCUGAAAGAAAGAGCGGCGAUGCUACCGAGGCUGAGGAGAUGGAGGCAAGCGAAAAUUCUCUUGUCCACUACGACAGCAGCAUUGACGAUUUAGAGGUGUCUGAAGAUGCCGACGAAGAGAUGGAUGAGGAACUUGACGUCACAGAUGCAUGCUUCGAGCGAGACCGGGAGGAUGAGAUAGAAAAUGAAGAUCUGGUAGCUGCUGUGUCAGAGGAGGAGGAUAGAAUUAAACUGCUGAUGCCAGAGAGGACAACAAAGGAGGACGAGGGAGAGGAGCAACCAGACAUCGUCAAGCCCAACCGUACGGGCCACUUAUCAACUUCGAAGCUUGUACCACGGAUUCAAAAGUUGUCUCACGUGCCACCAGAACAGCGUCUCCAGAAAGCCCAGCAGAGGCGUUGUGGUUACAGAUGA